AUGAAUACAGGUGAACCAAAAUAUGGUGUGAUAAGUCAAUUCCCCACGAUAGAUUCACCUGAAGAUCCACUUGAUUUAACCCAUUUUAGCUCUGAACGUUCUUUUGAACAUUUUGAAGUUGGUUAUUCAAAAUUUGGAUUAAAACGUUAUAAUAUUACAAUUGAAUUAACAACUAGUCAGAGAGCAGGUCUUCAUCGAUAUACUUUUCCUCCAACCGAAAAUAAAGCUAAAAUUAUUAUUGAUUUGCCUCAUAAUCUCGCUGUAUAUCACUAUAGUGGCGGUUGGAAUAGAGGUGGCAUUUAUACUGUCUACUUCUGUUCAAAAUUUAAUACCAACGCCACUGAAUUUACGGACUGGGAGGGUAAAACUUUUCAGGACUUUGAUGGAACAGAUGAUUUUAGCGAAAAGGCUAAUGGUGUUGCUUUAACUUUCAAUGUUACUGAAAAUCCGGUGAUAAUAUCAAAGGUUGGAAUUUCAUUUAUUUCAGCUGAUCAAGCUUGUAAUAGUGUUGAAAGUGAAAUACCAGAUUGGGACUUUGAAAAGACUAAACAUGAAGCUGUAAAGGCUUGGCAAACGGAGUUAGGAAAGAUACAAGUUGAAGGAGGAACUGAUGAGUUAAAAACAAUUUUUUAUACUGUAGAUAUUGUUAGAUCAUUAAUUGACAUAUAUAAAAAUGAAGGAUACAUGCAUGAUGGAAGAAGUGGAAUAUCGAAUGGAAUUACGCAAGGUGGUUCUAAUGGUGACAUGGUUGUGGCAGAAACUUAUUUAAAAAAAUUGGGCAGAGAUAUAAUAGAUUGGGAACUUGCUUACGAAGCUUUAAUAAAGGACGCUGAAGUAGAUCCUGGUUCACGCGGAUUAUAUGAGGGUGCAAAAGGAUUUAUCAUACCAAGAUAUGAGAAUGGUAGCUUUUAUACUGAUAUUGACGUUUUAAUAGAACGAGGUGGUGAGUACGUAUUCUAUGAAGGUUCUUCAUGGGAAUAUAGUUUGGAUGUACCGUUUGAUGUAAAAAGAUUAAUUGAAUUAUCCGGUGGUCCAAAAGAAUUUGAAAGCCGUCUUGACAAAACAUUUGCCGAUAAAUCUUAUCAAAGUGGUUAUUAUAAUAUAGGAAAUGAACCUGAUUUUUUUCAUAUUUGUUUAUAUCAUUUUAUUGGAAAGCAAUAUAAAAGUGUUGAGGUUAUAAGAGAUAUUUUAAAAACUAAAUUUGGAAUUGGGCAGGAUGGAAUUCCAGCUUAUAACUUGAGAAAUGAAGAUCACAUAAAUCCAUAUGUUCAGAGCGUAAAGAUUAAUGAUAAAUAUUGGAGAAAAACAUGGUUUAGACAUUCAGAUAUUGCAAAUGGAGCAGUUAUGGUAUUAAUUAUGGGUCCAAAACCAAGUAAAGUUUGGGGUGUUAUUGGAAAAAAUGAUGAUAAAAUUGAUAUAGAAGAUAGAGUUGUGCCUCCUAGCAUGACGUAA